GGAGCGGCGGGCGGGCGGGCGGGGCGCAGGCCGGCAGCGGGGAGGCGCCGGCGUCCGAGACCCGGGCCGGGCCGGGAGCGCCGCGCAGGCCCCGCGCCGCCGCCGCGCCAUGGCGGAGACCAAGAUCAUCUAUCACAUGGAUGAAGAGGAGACGCCGUACCUGGUCAAGCUGCCCGUGGCGCCCGAGCGCGUCACGCUGGCCGACUUCAAGAAUGUGCUCAGCAACCGGCCCGUGCACGCUUACAAAUUCUUCUUCAAGUCCAUGGACCAGGACUUCGGGGUGGUGAAGGAGGAGAUCUCCGACGAUAAUGCCAAGCUGCCCUGCUUCAAUGGUCGUGUGGUCUCCUGGCUGGUCCUGGCCGAGGGCGCACACUCAGAUGCAGGCUCUCAGAGCACUGAUGGCCACACAGACCUGCCCCCACCUCUUGAAAGAACGGGCGGCAUCGGGGACUCCCGGCCCCCCUCCUUCCACCCUAAUGUAGCCAGCAGCCGCGACGGAAUGGACAAUGAGACCGGCACGGAGUCUUUGGUCAGCCACCGGCGGGAGCGAGCCCGACGCCGGAACCGCGAAGAGGCUGCCCGGACCAAUGGGCACCCAAGGGGGGACCGGCGGCGAGACCUGGGGCUGCCCCCCGACAGUGCGUCCACCGUGCUGAGCAGCGAACUUGAGUCCAGUAGCUUCAUUGACUCGGACGAGGAUGACAACACGAGCCGACUGAGCAGCUCCACGGAGCAGAGCACGUCCUCCCGGCUCAUCCGAAAACACAAGCGCCGGCGGCGGAAGCAGCGCAUGCGGCAGGCGGACCGUGCUUCUUCCUUCAGCAGCAUCACGGACUCCACCAUGUCCCUGAACAUCAUCACCGUCACUCUCAACAUGGAGAGGCACCACUUCCUGGGCAUCAGCAUCGUGGGCCAGAGCAACGAGCGGGGGGACGGUGGCAUCUACAUCGGCUCCAUCAUGAAGGGCGGGGCCGUGGCGGCUGACGGGCGCAUCGAGCCGGGCGACAUGCUGCUGCAGGUGAAUGACGUCAACUUCGAGAACAUGAGCAACGACGACGCAGUGCGGGUGCUGCGGGAGAUCGUGUCCCAGACGGGGCCCAUCAGCCUCACGGUAGCCAAAUGCUGGGACCCGACCCCCCGGAGCUACUUCACCGUCCCGAGGGCUGACCCGGUGCGGCCCAUUGACCCUGCCGCCUGGCUGUCCCACACGGCGGCGCUGGCUGGAGCCCUGCCCCACUACGGUACGAGUCCCUGCUCCAGCGGCAUCACGCGCACCAGCUCCUCCUCACUAACCAGCUCCGUGCCUGGCGCCCCACGGCUGAGGGGGGUGCUGUGCCUUACAGAGCUGGAAGAGGCACCUCUGACGGUGAAGAGCGACAUGGGCGCCGUGGUGCGCGUCAUGCAGCUGCCAGACUCGGGCCUGGAGAUCCGGGACCGCAUGUGGCUCAAGAUCACCAUCGCCAAUGCCGUCAUCGGGGCGGACGUGGUGGACUGGCUGUACGCACACGUGGAAGGCUUCAAGGAAAGGCGCGAGGCUCGCAAGUACGCCAGCAGCAUGCUGAAGCGCGGCUUCCUGCGGCACACGGUCAACAAGAUCACCUUCUCGGAGCAGUGCUACUACGUCUUCGGGGACCUGUGCAGCAGUGAGUGGGGGCUGGGGGCGGGGAUCCCCAGAGGGCCUGCCCACACUGCCCUCACCCACCCUCCCCUCCCGCCAGAUCUCGCAGCCCUGAACCUCAACAGCGGCUCCAGUGGGGCCUCGGAUCAGGACACGCUGGCCCCACUGCCCCAUCCGGCCGCCCCCUGGCCCCUGGGUCAGGGCUACCCCUACCAGUACCCGGGCCCCCCGCCCUGCUUCCCACCCGCAUACCAGGACCCUGGCUUCAGCUAUGGCAGCGGCAGUGCUGGGAGUCAGCAGAGUGAAGGAAGCAAAAGCAGUGGGUCCACCCAGAGCGCCGGCGGGAGCAGCCGGCGGGCACUGGGCCGUGAGAAGGAGCGCCGGGCGGCUGGAGGCGGGGGCAGCGGCAGCGAGUCAGACCACACGGCACCGGGUGGGGUUGGGGGCAGUGGCUGUCGGGAUCGUCCAGCUAGUCAGCUCAGCCGGGGCUCGGUGGCCGCCCCGGGGCUCCCCCCAUCGUAUCCCUUAGCAAAGGCAUACUCGGUGGGGGGGGGCCCGCCGGGGGGGCCGCCCGUCCGGGAGCUGGCCGCUGUCCCCCCAGAGCUGACGGGCAGCCGCCAGUCCUUCCAGAAGGCUAUGGGGAACCCCUGUGAGUUUUUCGUUGACAUCAUGUGACUGAGGAGAGAGUGCCUUCAGCUCGGCCCCACAGUGGGGGAGCCGGUGGUCCUACCCACUCCUGCAGGAGGGCACACCGCCUCUGGGGCUUCUGUGGGCUUGCCUUACUGGCGGCUGUCCUGGGUCAAGCAAGCCUGUGCGUGUCUGCACACAAGGGGUCGUGUCAGGGCACAGGCCUGGAGGGAGAGUGGGAGCAGGCUGGGCGAGGAGCUGAGGGCAGCCCAGGCCACUGUGGUCUCAGUUUGGCAGUCCGUUCAUUCCUGUCUGGAGCAGCUUGUGUCUGUGCAGACCCUGUGCCCUUGGGGUGUGCCUCAGGGACCCCCACAUGCCUACAGAGCUGUGCACAGGGCCCCAGACUAAGCUGAGAAGAGGCUGCUGGGCCUGGGCCCCCUGUUGGCCCAAGUCAUAGGCCCCACCACUUUUGCCUGGGCUGGGUUGGCCCUUCCUGAAGGGGGAAUCGGAGCCCCCAGGCCCCUCUGUGGACGUCUGGGGUAGGGAUCUAAUUUAUUUAUUUAUUGCCUGGCCUUGUGUGCUCUGGGGGAGGUGGUGGCCAGGUCAGCUGUCCCCCCACCCACCGGGUCUCAGACUUAACGCAGGGACACAGGUCCUGUCGGAAAGUGGGAAGGGUUGGUGAGGGGAAGAUGGGAGGGGACGUGCUUCAGCUAGUGGUGGUGGGGAUGUGACAAGGGGCAAGGGGCCCGGGUGCACACAGCUGCUGCAGGGGCAGGGUGUGGGGAAGAGGGGGUAGCCAGCCCACCCCUCCUUGCUGUCCUCGGGUGAUUGCCCACCAACUCACGCCGCUUCCUUCCUGGCGUUUCUGGCCUGCACACAUUUGCGCUGUAGAUACUGUAUCAAGUCGGAGUGUCCGUCCAGAUAGUUAAUAGAGCUGCUUCUGUGUAAAUGCUAUUUUAAAGACUAAAAAGCAUUUAAUUUUAUGGGA